ACCACAAGGUAGGACGGAAUAAUUGGUAGCACAGAUAGAACACCUGUUCUUUUGGCUCUCAGUGUAACUCGUAGUUUGUCAUCACCCGUCACCUCAUAUGUUAGCUUAACUUGGCGAAUAUGAAUGUUUUGAAUGCUUAGAGCCCCAAACAUUUGCUCUUAGAGCAACAAAAUGGUAAGCAGUUCUUUAUGCAAACAUUGCUGCUUUUCAUAUUUGGACUUUGCCUGCACAAUCCUGAUGUUCACUCCACUGUCAUCACAAUUUGCCUCCUGAAGAAGGCGCCAUAGAAUAACCUAGACUAAUAUCGGAUUUUCUUUUCCUUUUUUUGUUCUUCCUCUAAAUCUUUGUUUCACACUGUCCUGCAGUUUUUUUAACGUCUCACUGAAGCGCACAUGUAUUGCGCACUGAAGACUCAGUCACGCACAUGUGGGGGAAAAAAUGAAGCUUAAGUUUUUGUUCUUUUUCAUAAUGUGGUUUCCAUCCGCGGAGCUGAAACCUCGGAGAGGCUCCGGAGUGGUUUGUACUUUUAAAGACAAAACCUACAGACCAGGGGACAGCUGGCAUCCCUAUCUGGAGCCUUUUGGAUACAUGUUCUGCAUGCGCUGCGGCUGCACAGAGACAGGCCAUGUGAAGUGUAACGCCAUCAAGUGUCCUGCGCUGGCGUGUGAGAACCCCGUGACAGACCCUCAGCGGUGUUGUCCAAGGUGCACAGAUGAGCCCAGGAUUCCCGCAGGACUGAGGGCGCCAGUCAAAACCUGCAGCCACAACGGGACUGUCUAUCAGCCAGGGGACACCUUCACCACCCAGGGCCUCUUUUCAUCCAGGCAGAGCAAUCAGUGCGUCAUGUGCACAUGCUCAAAUGGAAAUAUCUUCUGCGCUCUGAAAACAUGCCAACCUGUCACCUGUUCUUCACCAGCUUCUCUCCCAGAUACCUGCUGUUUGGUGUGUAAAGACCACAGCAGCAGCAGCGGCGCAUCGUCCACCGAGGAUGGAAACCAUCAGCUGAACAGAGGCGUCAGGCAUUCAGUCGACCAGUGUUCUGGAGAGCAGAGCAGGGUGAGGUCGGACCGCGCCACCAGGACGAAGGUCUCUGCCAGGGCUCUGAGCCUCAGCAGGCUCAACCUCAGAGGGGCCUCGGAGACCACGGUGAGGAUUUUGCUGCAGAGGAAACACCAACGAGUGUGUUUAUACAAUGGCAAGACGUACUCUCAUGGAGAUAUGUGGCAUCCAGUUUUGGGGAGGGUCCUGGAAUGCAUCGUUUGCUCUUGCAUCGAUGGCCUCCAAGACUGCAAGCGCAUCACGUGUCCGAGCCAGUAUCCGUGCCAGCAUCCAAUAAAAUUGCCGGGUAAAUGCUGCAAGACUUGUCCAGAGAGAACAGCUGAAAUAAACCAGACCAGGUGCUAUCUUGGGUAUAAAAACAACCUUUUGGUGUAUAAAGUAGAACCAGCCUUGAAAGUUGAUUCUCCCAACACGGUUAGAAUCAUCGCUGCUGAAAGACAAAGCACUGCUGAGAUUGAAGUGCAAGCCUGGAACACAGCAGAAGGUAUUUUACAAAUAAUGGAGAUUGGCGACGUUCAAAGGAAAGACAUCACAGAUCAUCCAGAAAAUUACACUCUUCUUACCACUCUCGAUGAAGACACGUGGAAAAAAUUUAAAGAGUUGGGAGAAAACCUGAGCAGAGCUUCUAAGACCACCAUUUGUGGAGACGGCAUUCGGGAAAUAGUGACGUUCUUGAAUCCAAAGCAAACUGAAGGCCUGUGUUCACCAUAGCAACCACUCGUGAUAUCAGUAUUCACACUCAAUUGUAUAUCUAAAGACAUAUGUUAUUCAUACAAGCUGCACUUGUUUUUUUUAAUUUUACUUUAUUUAUGCAAGCGAACUUUCUUACGCUUAAUGUUUUUUUAUGCAUCUUUGCCAUUUUUGUUUGGCGUCUUCAAACAGUGAUGAUGUCGACAUCCGUCUUUGUUGUUUACGAUUCUUGUAAUAAAUCUAAACAUUGUAAGACUUGAUAAACUAGAAUAUGAUGACGAUAGGCAUAUUGCACUAGCUGUAAACACCUGUUGCCUCAUUACAUUAUGACCAACAACAAGUAAAAUGGAAAAUGCAGUUACAGCUGGCAGUGAGUUUAAUAAUAACACAGGAUAUUAGAAUAGGGAUAAAAGAAAUGCUAGCAUUGUGUACUUAAUGUUGAUGUGUUGGAAGAGAAAAAAACACGUAAUGGUAAGAAUUGAGGCGGUUUUGACAGAUGACAGGUCACGAUGGCUGGACAAUCGGGUCGUACCAUGUCCACAGUGGCAGCUCUGGUGUGCUGACUGGUCCCAGAUAUUGGUAUUAGGGCCAUUGGCACCACCAGUAGGGGGCUACAAAUCUUCUGGCCUCAAUUCUCCCAAGACCAGGACCACUGGCAACACUCAGGCCACUAAAAGAUAACUUGUAUAGCGUGUUAUCAAAUUUAGAGGACCCCAAAGUGCUACAGACUACCUUCAGUCAUUCACCCAUUCACAUGCUGAUGGCGGCAAGCUCCUGGGUAUUAGCCACAUCUACCCUGGGGCACAGCGACAGAGGCUAGGCUACUGGAGUCUCUAACCAACGUCAGCAGGCAAGGCAGCCAUUGUGUUCAAGGACAUAAUGACAGAGUUAAACCAGCAACCCACUAACUGAGUGAUGAUCUUCUACCAUCCGUUGCCACUAUCGUCCAUUUUACUUUUACCCUUUCAUGCUCAUUAGUGUCCACAACAUCUCUGCUUUCUCUUUCCGUCCGUGGUAUUUCUCAGAUUUCUCACCUUGGAUUGCUAAGUUUUCUUCUUCUGACUCCACCAUCACAAUCUCUGGUUGGUUAGCCGUCUCCUGUCUCAGACUUAUCGUUCUCAGCUGCUCUUGUUGGUGUUUCCCAUUUUGACAGCGAAACCUUCAGCCCAACCUUAGCACUUAGCGCACAAGUGUUCUUGUGCGCUAUUUCAGCCUCUUGGUAAUGACAUCCCAUGUUUACUUUUCUGGUCAGAAGUCUGUUAUGUCGUUGACUGUUUCAGUGGCGUCUCCUCACGGCCAAACUCUCUGUUCCUGUCUGAUGCGGUAGAAGCUGAUCUUUAUUACUCCUCUACUGCCAUGAGUUUUGCCUUUGUGUUUUCCUUCAGCCAUUCGUAGCACUUUGUAGGUAAAAAUCAUGAAGAUUUAUCUCCCCAUGAUGAUUCCACUAGGAGCUACUCUUGCAUAUUGAGAUUUUCUUGCCAGAGACAUUUAGCAGUUCCUCUUUUGGGGACAUAUUUCAGGAUCUUGGAUGUUUCAUCCUGCCUUGAUGCUCAUUAGUCCCUCCUUUAGCUUAGCAUACACUCUCAGGACUAAAGGUAAAACCCUGCUAGUGCAAUGAAAGAAGGUUACCUCUUACUUUAAAUCCAUUCUGGAGCUUGAGCAAUUUAAUUGGAGGAGUGUUAUUCUGUUCACAUUACCAGUACGCUGGUGGAAACCGGCUCCUUGUUCUAUGUGUUGCUUCAUUCAGAGGUUCUGGACCCUCAGCUAUUGACAAGCGAUUGCUUCCUGGACGUCCAUGCUUUCUGGAUUUACUCAGUUUAUCUGAUAUUGGGAUCUGUUUGGUGAUCUGAAACUUUUAGGCAAAAGUAAAACCAGAUGGAAUCUGUAAAGAGGGAACUCACAUUUUGCGACGAUGAGAGGCCAUCAAUUAGGAUUCCCUUUGAAGGAUUUCUGGAUAUGCCUCUGGUUUAGAGGAGUAGUGAAUUAUGUUGUUCCUGACUUGUGCAAAUUGUAGCCUGUUACAUUAUUUUUGUAGCAAUAACAUUUUGAGAGGAAUUUUGCUUCAGCAAACUAUUUGAACAAUUUUUUUGAUGUGUUGUUUUUGCCUUUAAUUUUAAAGAAGGCACAUUUUGUUCUGCAUGUGAACCAGGUUGUUAUUCAUCACUUGUAAAUAUUAGCCAAGGUUUUGUCGUAUUAUUUAUAGUAUACCGGUUUUUGGCUGUGUGUAUUUGUCUGUUGAAUGUCUUUUUUUUUUUUUUCAUGAAGUAGCUUUUAAGUGUUAGCUUUCAAAAAGUACAAAACUGUGCAAAGGGUUGUAAGAGAACCCUCCCUCUGAUGUUAAAACCGUUUUUAUGUAGCAGAAAGAUUUGAGUUAUUUUUAAACCUCGACAGCUUCAGUAAUUAUAUAUUUUUUUUGCUGUGGGGCGACAUAUCUGAACGCACUUUGUACUUCACGCAGCUAUUUCGAACUACACGGUGUUGCCUGAUAUUUUACACCAUUAAAGAACAGUGUUUGACUGCUCAUGGCUGUUUCUUGUAUGUUCCCGCUGGAAGCAUGUGCUUCAAACAAGAUGUGCCCUCUUGCUCAGAGCUGUGUUUAACAAAGACUUGCUGAUUCAUCGCAGACCUGCACACUGCCUGCUGCAGCACAAAGGAUCUAGCAGCACUAUCGCCUCAAGGUUUCUAUUAAGCAAAGCUCUGGAGAUCUGUGUAAGCCGUGUUCUUGGUAGAGAUGAAAUAUUUUUGGUGGCAUCGAGUUGAAACGUUCAAGAGAGGCAGAGUUGUUAGAUAAUUGGCGUGAGUGUUAUAUUAACUUUGCCUUAUUGCUCAUUUAUUUGAACAGUUCUUUUGCUCAGGGUGCAGCCAUUAUACAGAAAACGGCUUCAGUGAUUUUCAAACCAGGAGAUUUUAAUUUAUCGUGAUUUUUUUUCUUUUUUUUUUU